AUGGCCGACUCCAUUUUAAUCCAUUCCAUGCGAUGUCCUCCGCUCCGGCAGCCACGGGGCACAGUACUCGACCCCAUCAUGGAAGACAGUCGGGAAUCCCAAUUCACCGAAAAGGCUGUGACGAUGAUACCGCCGAAGCCGACUCAGAUCAGCCCGAAGUUGACGCUGAAGACGAGCGGGCUACCAGCGCCGACGAACUCGCGGCUGGCCCGGUUGAUGUCGCCUCUCUCUGCCGGGACUCUCUCAUCAUGUUCAGAUUACGAGUGGCAGCAAGGGAUACCGGAUUAUGAUGACAUGUAUGAUGCCACUGAUGACAAUGAUACCGAUGACGAUAAUUCGACCGAAAUCAGUGAGUCAUGUUUCUCGGGGAUCGGGACCCAACGCUCGAGCUUGAUCACACCCAUCACCAGAAACUCGGUCACAUCGACCGGCAGUCGCGGUAGUCACGGAGGGCGGAAUUUCAGCUUGAAACUCGACAUCCCAUCGUCCACCCACUGGCCGUCUCUGAAUGGCACCUGCAAGAAUUCGCCUGUCCCUCCAACGCCGCCGUCAAAGAUUCCCGUCUCACCGGCAGCCCUCUCCUUACUGAGUCGAAAUGUGCCAGCUUCUUACGCACCACCUUCGCUCGACGGCAGCAUCUCCUCGGAUCAGGACUCCAACCUGAGUGCCCUGGCUACUCCGGACUCAAACUCGAUUCCCGAUACCGACUGGGAUCCACGCGACCUUCAUGUCCGGCCGGAUCUGGACGAGGGUAAUGUGGCCGCGCUGGGCGCGGAGGAGAAUCAUCUCAAUCUCGAAGAUGUCUCGAUUGCCAUCGAAACACCACAUGAAGAUUGGCGCAACAGUUUCGGACGCUUCGACCAAUUCCUGCCAGCGCUGCACGACAUUUCUUUGGCGUCCUUGAGCCUUGAUGGCGAGAUGCCCCCAGAGCUGCCCUCACGAGAGCCAACCCCUUCCGAAGAAGGGGUGUAUCUCCCCGAUGGGGCGUUGGCAAUGUUGCAGCAGAUUCCACUGGACCGUACUCCUGAAACAUGGUCCGAGACUUCUGAAGACGAUGAGAUGUGGCAGCUCCAGCCUGCGCCUCGCUCCCGUCCUCGCAGCGCGGACGGAAUCACUCCGGCAUCUGAUCUGUCGGGCUACAGCUUUAGUGAGUUGAGCAUCCCAUCACCUGGCGGCUUUUUCGCCUCUUUGGCCCCGCGAGCUCGUCACACAUGGUCACUUCCCAAUACCCAUCUUCCACCGACAACGGCGGUGGCGGAAGGCUUCUAUGAUCUCCCAUUUCCUCGAGAUCAGGGCGAAGUUGUUGAGCAGGUCAUCGAGUGGCCAGAUCGCGCGCACGGGGACGACCCGGACACAGCCAUCCGCGUCGAGGAAGGCCCUCCCACUGCCAUACGACUUCCAUGUGACACACCCACGCAGCCUCUCGGGCGGCAAGACAUGAGUCCCCUCAGUGCAACCUUUGAGGCGGUUCAAGAGAUUACGCAAUCGGGUAAUGUGUACGAAUACGACGAGCUCUAUGAGACCGAACUUCAGCAGCGUGCCGCGGCGAGCCUCGAUCGAACGAGCGUGUGGCUUACAGCGCAAGCAACAUACCUCUCGGCGCUGAAUGAAACCAACCCGAUUAACGAUAUCGAGUCCAAGACUGAUGUUUCCUCGCCGGUGGAGCCCGAUACUUGCUCCGAAGACGCAGAGUCGGCACCCCAAAAAGUGGUUCGAUUUGCAGAUGGUAUCCCCGACUCUCUAAGUCCCCAUCCGCCGAUGUUUGCCAGCAAAGAUUCCAUUUACUGGCGGGGGUUCCAGUCGAUUCGCCAAAGAACAACGCCUGCGGAUGGUUUCUUUCACCGCAACAUGCGUUUUGAUGCCAUUCAGUCGUUCCGUCUUGGUCUGCUUGAUACGCAUCUCAAUGGCCUGAUGGGCAAGUACGAGCUUGUUCUGCCAGCGAGACCUCCAUACAAGGGCCCAUUCUCGCAAGCGCCUCGAAAUUCGAUCAUCACUUCGGUCCUCGCCGAGAAGGCGCAAUUUGCAAAACUUGAAAAGGAACAGCUCGUUCUCGCCCAGCUUUGUCAACCGAUGUGGGCCAUGGACGCCCUUCGAUGUCUCAACGGCGGCAAGCUUCUCACCAGCCCAGUUGAGAAACGAGCCAAGCGCGUUCGCAAAACGCCCCAGAGUCAAAAUGGUCAAACCCCGCGCGCAGUGCGCAUUCUUGAUCUUGGUGGUCAUGCGUCUUGUGAAUGGGGCUGGCACGCGGCGUUGGAGUACCCUUCAACGAAGGUAUAUUCGGUCGUCAACAGGACGCAAGCCGUCAACAGCGCCAUCAAAGGACCACCCAAUCACCGUGUGGUGACCGUGGACCGGCUGUGGGAGUUGCCGUUUGGAAACAACAAGUUUGACGUCAUCACCACUCGGUCUCUGCAUGCCCUAUUGAAGACUCGGUGCCCCGAGGGACUUGACCGCGAUGAGUACGACUUGGUGCUGAAGGAAUGCCGCCGCUGUCUCAAGCCUGGUGGUUAUCUCGAGUUCAUCGUGCUUGAUGCCGAAAUCUCUCGUGCGGGUCCGACGGUCUCGGCAACCUCUGUCGAGUUUGCCAAACAGCUUCGUACGCACGGAUACGAUCCUGCGGCGUCCAAGAACUUCGUGGCUCGUCUUGGCCAGGGGGGCUUUGUCAACAUCAAGAGGGCGUGGAUGUUCCUGCCCAUGGGCACGGAGCCUGCCACGCCGGAACCUCCCCGGGAGACUCCCGCUCCGCGAGUACAGAGCCAAAUCGAGAACUACGAAGCGGUACAGGGUCCCAUUGGCAGCACCGAAGACAUUGCCAGCAUUACGGGGAUUCUGGGUGGCUGGAUGUGGGAGCAGUGGCUAGUCCGCCUGCGAAGUGAAACGGGUCAGGAUCGAGCCAAGUUGCUUGACGGAGUGGGUGCCUUGUUCGAUGAGGGGAGAAAGAUGGGUGCAGGCUGGACCUGCUUAUCUGGAUGGGCGAUGAAGCCCAAAGUCGUGAAAAAGAUGGUGCAGUCACGUCACUGA